UGCCGCUCGGUAGUUUGAUAAAGGCAUGCGCGCGCGCGGACGCCUCAGUAAUGGCGCGCGUCCCGUCUUUGCUGCUAGUUUUCGUGGCCUUUACACAUUACGAUGUGGCCGGAGAGGAGGUCGUGUCCACGCCAAAACCUCUUAAGGUUCUGGACACAAUCAUGAAUCCUUCAUACAUCCCAGCAGAAGAAAAGCAUGGGUUCUAUUGGAAGAAAUCGGCUAUAACCACACUAAAGGCCAAACUGCGAGAGUCCAAAAACACGAAUAAGGCGAAGAAUGGGAUCAUGUUUAUUGGUGAUGGUAUGUCAGUGGCCACUAUAAUGGCAGCGAGGACCUUCUCUGGACAACUGGAACGAGGGCUGGGAGAAGAAUCAGUUUUGGAGUUCGAGAGAUUCCCGUACACGGGACUAGCAAGGACGUAUUGCAUAGACGCGCAAGUGCCUGACUCAGCGUGUACAGCAACGUCGUACCUAACCGGCGUGAAGACGAAGUACGGGGUGGUUGGUCUGGAUGGAAACGUCACCAGGGGCUCCUGCCACUCCCAACUGCACAAGGCCAACUGGGCUCCUUCUAUUGGCCAGUGGGCUUUGGAACAGGGGCUUGAUGUCGGUUUAGUGACCACUACCAGAGUUACCCACGCAUCCCCCGCCGGGAUGUACGCACACAGUUCUGAGAGAAACUGGGAGUGUGACGCGGACGUCCCUAAGGAAUGCCUCUCGCUGGGAUGCCGGGAUAUCGCCUACCAACUCAUCAUGAACAACCCCGGGAGGCAGUUCAAGGUGAUAAUGGGUGGCGGACGAAGGGAACUACUUCCGAAUGUAUCAGAUCCUCUGGUGAAGACAGUCGGGAGACGAGUAGAUGGUGUGGACCUGACCGAGCUGUGGCACGUAGACAAGGUCGAGAAGAACGCCACCCAUCAGUAUGUCACCGACAGAAAUGAACUCAUGAAGGUGUUCAAUUCGGAUGACUUACCCGAGUACCUUCUGGGUCUGUUCAAAGAUGACCACAUGGACUAUCAUUUGAAAGCCAAAGACCAACCGACUCUCGAGGAGAUGGUGGAGGUGGCCAUUAAAAUGCUCAGCAGGAGCAAGCGGGGUUACUUUUUGUUCGUUGAAGGUGGUAGGAUAGACCACGCUCAUCACGAUAGUCUAGCACAUCUUGCUUUGGAUGAAACAGUGGAGUAUUCCAAGGCGGUGAAGAAAGCUAAACUCUUAACCAACCCAGAUGAUACGCUUAUAGUUGUCAGCUCUGACCACGCCCACACUAUGACGGUGGCUGGCUACCCUUCACGAGGGAACGACAUCCUCGGUACAGUCGACACCGCACAUGGAGAUGACCGAAAGCCUUAUACGACUAUAAGCUACGCUAAUGGAAAGGCAGCGUCGAUAGGUGCUGAUGGGAAAAGAGUGGAUGUCACUUUGAGUCAACAGUUCAUGAAAAGGGAUCCAGAUUACACUUACCCGAGCCUCGUUCCGCUGGAUUCGGAAACGCACGGCGGAGAAGACGUAGCUGUCUUCGCAUUAGGUCCCUGGGAACAUCUCUUCACGUCCAGCUACGAACAGAAUGUCGUCCCUCAUCUUAUGGCGUACGCUAUGUGCCUCACCGAAGAUAAACACGAGAACUGCUAUCCAAAACCGAACAGGUUCUGGACCUCCGGCGCAACAACCGCUAGAGUCGGUUCAGUUCCUUACAUUUUAAGUAUAUUGACUGUGAUUGUAGCCACGUGCUUAUAAAAAGUAUUAAUUUUGUUGUUAUAGUUUAUAAUUUGAUUGUGUACAAAACAGAUUUUAAAACACGCUGAAGCGAUUAAGUCCGCCUGGAGGUUUAUUAAAGUGUUAACUUAACAGGAGCUGCUCAUGAGAGAAAUAGUCUUGUAAUAGUCUUAGUGAAGGUUUAUCCUACACUCCUUAUAUAAUGAAUACACCGGAUGUUUUGACUAUGAAAUAUAAUUAUCUAAGUAAAUUGGUAUUUAAACAUAAUAAUGGAAUAAAGCGACAGUAUUGCAUAAAGCUACUAAAUAUUUUCAAAGAAAGU